AUGAUGCCAUCCGUGCGCUGGAAUGCGACAGAUGAAGAGUCAGCCACUCGCAACAUCGGCACGCACGGAGGUUCACAUUCAAAUAACAACAAGGACGAUAAACUUCGGAGGAGAGGUAGUCAACGGUCGAUCGACCCCGCGGCUGCCAUUCCGAUUGAAUAUCGAAGCCUUUCGUUCGAGAUUGAGGACGAUGCGCAGAGACAGCGACGGUUCAAGCGCCAGGACCAGAGAGAUAAGUUGGCGGAAGAAUGGCAGAGCACAGAUUGGCACACGCUAUCAGUGGAGGAGGUACAAAAACAAUUGAGCACCAAUGGGACGACUGGCUUGUCCACGGACAGAGCGGCUGAACGCUUUGGUUCGAUACUUCUUGUCGGUGGUAUUCUGGUAUUCCUUUCCUGGAAACCACUCGGUCAACCCCCUGCUGUCGCCAAUCUUGCGUUGGGCAUCGUUCUACUCGCGGUAUUUUUCAUUCAAGCAGCUUUCAAUGCCUGGCAAGAUUGGUCCUCAUCUCGUGUAAUGGCAUCAAUCACCGCCAUGCUCCCUGAAUCAUGUCUUGUUAUUCGAGAUGGCACUCGUUCUGAAGUUGUAUCUACCGAGAUUGUCCCCGGUGACACGGUCUUUAUCAAAUCAGGGACCAAGAUUCCGGCAGAUCUGAGAUUCAUCGAAACUUCUCAUGACCUGACAAUCGAUCGGUCUAUUGUUACAGGCGAGUCAAAUCCCAUCAAGGCCACAAUCGACUCCACGUCUGAAAACUAUCUUGAAACACGAUGCAUUGGUCUUCAGGGUACACACUGCGUGUCCGGUACUGCCACGGCAAUUGUUGUAGCCACCGGCGACUCUACAGUCUUCGGGCGAAUUGCAAAGCUUGCAGGGGAGCCGAAAACCGGCCUGACCACUAUUGAAAAGGAGGUUCUACGCUUUGUACUUCUGAUUUUCAUCAUCAUGGUCACUUGGAUUGUGAUCCUCGCCUCAGUGUGGUAUGUAACACCUCACGAGCUCCGCUAUCCGAUUAACGCAAGCCGAUUCUUACCAAUCACUAGGGGUGGGUGGCUGCACAAGGCGCAUCCGGACUACAUCAACGUAGCUACACUAAUUGUCGACUGUGUGAGUGUUGCUAUUGCCUAUAUCCCGGAAGGAUUGCCGAUAGCCGUCACUGCAAGCUUGACAAUCACAGCCAAUCUGUUGAAAAAAAACAAGGUCCUGUGCAAAUCACUCAAGACUGUUGAGACCCUGGGAGCAGUGUCCGUUAUAUGUACUGACAAGACUGGCACUUUAACGCGGAAUCGGAUGUCUGUCACAGACUACGCUGUGCACACGGCGAGCUCGUUCUUGGACGCAACCGGUGCAAAUGCAGCGUCUCAAAUGAGUCAAUCUGCUCUUCAACAGCUUCGAUCUCUAUCUGGACUUUGCAACGCCGCGGAGUUUGACAGCAAAUCACAGCACCUUCCUCUUAGUGAAAGGACUAUAUUUGGUGACGCUACAGACCAAGCGAUUCUAAGAUUCUCGGAGGGCUUGGGCCCUGUCUCAGAUCUGACAAAAGGCUGGAAGUCCGAUUACACCCUGGCUUUCGACAGCAAAAACAAAUUCAUGAUCAAGACUUUCACCUUGCCCCAGGCGGGAAGCCCCGAGUUGUCGCUAUCACCCACAGAGGCUUCGAAGUUUCAGUCAAGGGACAUAUAUCUUAAUCCCACGAUGUACACACAAAUCCUACAGCCAGACGGCGAAGUUCAGCCACUGAACGAAGAUGUCUUGCGCAAAGUCGAAAAUAGGAUGAAGGAAUGGUCGUCUGAUGGGAAACGGGUUAUUCUUUUGGCGCGUAAGGUGUUGCCUCAGGACCAAUAUUAUACAGACCCAUCAUCACCGGAAUGCGAGACACAGAUGCUUCGUGAAGCAAAGACUGGUCUUACUCUCGUUGGCCUGUUGGGACUGAUCGACUCACCUCGCUCCGAAAUUCCUGAGGUCAUGCGAAUUUUGCGACAGGCUCAAAUCCGUGUCUUCAUGGUAACGGGUGACUUCGGCGAGACGGCCCUGGCGAUUGCACGCCAAUGUGGGAUCGUAACUUCCGAGUUCGUCCACGAUGCAUCCGCUCUCCCUCGAAAUCCAACUUCCAACGAAAAAGACUUCGAUUCCUCUCAAUCUGCUAUACUCGUCAGCGGCAGCGACCUGACGGGGUUCAACGAAUUUCAAUGGGAACAGCUAUGCAAGUAUCGCGAGAUCGUAUUUUCGCGUACUACCCCACAUCAAAAGUUGCGGAUUGUGCGAGAACUACAGUCAAGAGAGGAGACCGUCGCUAUGACAGGAGAUGGUGUCAACGAUGCCCCAGCUCUGAAAGCAGCUGACAUUGGCAUCAGUCUCGCUAGCGGCUCGGAUAUUGCUAUUGAAGCCGCCGAUAUGGUCCUGCUUGAUUCGUUCGCUGCCAUCGUAGAGGCAGUUCGAUAUGGAAGAGUUGUCUUUGACAAUCUGAAAAAGACAGUGGCGUAUCUCCUUCCAGCUGGUUCGUGGUCCGAGUUCUGGCCAGUUUUUACCAACCUGAUCUUCGGAAUCCCACAAAUAUUGUCAUCAUUUUUGAUGAUCAUCAUUUGUUGCUUUACGGACUGUGCGGCUGCAGUUGCUCUCGCGUACGAGGCGCCCGAAGCUGACGUACUUUAUCGCCCACCACGCCAUCCGAAAAAUACCCGACUUGUUGAUUGGAAGCUCAUCUUCCACUCCUAUGGUGUCAUUGGAAUGAUAGAAACCGUCUGCUCGUUUUCCAUGGCUUUCUGGUAUCUUCAGCGGAACGGCAUUCCAUUCUCUGAUUUGUGGUUCAAGUUCGGCGAAAUCCCAUCUGGAGUAGACGUCGAUUACUACAAUGCACGUGUCAAUGAAGCUAGUUCGAUCUACUUCAUCACCUUGGUCAUCAUGCAAUGGUUCAACCUCAUGGCUGUGCGCACUCGCCAUCUCUCAAUCUUUCAGCAUCCACCCGCAUUCAACAAGGACACGCAGAAUCUGUACCUAUUUCCUGCCAUUGUGUUUGCCCUGGGUAUUGCUGUCAUCUGGCUAUAUAUUCCAAGCCUACAGACAGUUCUCAACACAUCUGGAAUUCCUGCGGAGCAUUACUUCCUCCCUGCUGCGCUUGGCCUCGGUCUACUUUGCCUCGAUGAAGCCAGAAAGGCAGCCGUUCGUCGCUGGCCCAAAGGGUUCUUCGCAAAGAUGGCAUGGUGA